AUGUCCACUUCUUCUAUUUCAAUGAAUAAUACAAUUGAGGAAAAUAAUCCAUACCACUUGCAGAGUGGUGAUUCAUCAGCAAGAAGGAGGUUCUAUGUUGUCUUGUUGCUUUAUGUUGAUGAUAUCCUACUUGCUGGUAGUGAUACAACUGCUCUUGAGAAGGUUAAAAGUUCUCUAAGUGUCAAGUUCAAGUUGAAGGAUUUGGGGCCUUUGAAGUUUUUUCUUGGUUUGGAGAUAGCUCGAUCACAGAAGGGUAUUUCUUUAUCUCAAAGAAAAUAUUGCUUGGAGCUCAUUUUAGAGUCUGGUUUACUUGCUACUAAAUCAGUUUUAUUUUCUAUGGAUACUCAUACAAAGCUAUCUAAAGAUGAUGGUGAAUUAGUAGAUGAUGUUUCUGCUUAUAGAAGACUCAUUGGUAGAUCAUUGUACUUGACUCACACCAGACAUGACAUUACUUUUUCUGUUAAUCAUCUUAUUCAAUUCCUAGAUAACCCUCGCAUGCCUCAUUUAGAAGUUGCUAUGAGAAUUUUGAGAUAUCUCAAAUCUGCUCCUAGACAAGGUUUAUUUUUUCCUUAUUCAUCAAAGGUUCAUAUUAAAGCUUUUUCAGAUUCAAACUGGGUAAGCUGUCUUGAUACUCGAAGAUCAAUAAGUGGCUAUUGCAUUUUUUUUAGGGAUUCUCUUGUAUCUUGGAAAUCUAAGAAGCAACACAAGAUCUCACAAUCUUCAGCAGAGGCUGAAUAUAGAUCCAUGGCAUUCACAGUCUGCGAAAUCAUCUGGAUCAAAGCUUUAUUUGUUGACUUGCAUCACCAACAUCAUCAACCAGCUCUCUUAUUCUGUGAUAACCAAGCAACUCUUCACAUAGCAGCCAGUCCAGUCUACCAUGAACGUACGAAACAUAUCGAAAUUGACUGCCAUUUGGUUCGCGAUAUUACCACUCUACAUGUUCCUUCUGCUCAUCAGGUUGCAGAUUUAAUGACCAAGCCCUUAGGCUCUAAGAUUUUUGAAGUUCUUUGA